UCCGGUCCGCUGCGGCCCGGCUCGGGGGCGGCGACAGCGGCAGCAUGAGCUUGGCCCUGAGGAAUGAGCUUUCAGUAGACAAAACUAAAAAGAAGAAAAGAAGAGAACUGACUGAGGAACAGAAGCAAGAAAUUAAAGAUGCCUUUGAGUUGUUUGAUACAGACAAAGAUAGAGCAAUAAAUUAUCAUGAAUUAAAGGUGGCAAUGAGAGCCUUGGGUUUUGAUGUGAAAAAAGCUGAUGUACUGAAAAUACUUAAAGAUUAUGAUCGAGAAGCGACAGGCAAGAUCACCUUUGAAGAUUUUAAUGAAGUUGUGACAGACUGGAUAUUGGACAGAGACCCACAAGAAGAAAUACUCAAGGCAUUCAAAUUGUUUGAUGAUGAUGACUCUGGUAAAAUAAGUCUGAGAAACCUGCGCCGGGUUGCUAGAGAACUAGGUGAAAAUAUGUCUGAUGAAGAACUACGGGCUAUGAUUGAAGAAUUUGAUAAGGAUGGAGACGGAGAAAUCAAUCAAGAAGAGUUCAUUGCUAUUAUGACUGGAGAUAUUUAGCAUUGGACGAAAAGAAAUGAACUGAGCACAAAAGAGGAAUCAUUGGCAGCUUCCAUUACAAUGUUUUGUACUUCCAUUCAUUUCUGUAGCUGGAGUGAUGCAGAAAAUUACUUUCCUCACAGGACCAAGAUAAAGACAGGUUAUAUGCACUGAUAGUUCAGUACUUUGUAUCAUUAAUUAUUAUCACUAGAAUAAUUGAUAUAUCGUUUUAGAACAGUAAGUAAUGCUGCAUUUCAGAAUGUUCGAGUACUCAUUUGUAAAAUAGCUUUGUAUAAGAUUUCUAAAUUGUAUCAUAUUAUAAGAACCUUUUGAGGUUGACUUUGUGUUAGCAUUAGCUGUGGCCUUAGUUUUGAUACAUAAGGUUUGACAAACUUCCAUUUUAAUAAAA